AUGGGCUGCUGUGGAUUCUUCAUAAAGUGGCUGUUACAUUUCUUCAAUCUGCUAGCAGUGAUCGUUUCUGUUCUGCUCAUUAUUCUUGGCAGUCUUAUCUUGGAUGCGUUGGGCGAUUUGAAGUCAGUCAGUAAUUUUGAAAAUGCCAAUAUUAUACCCAUAAUAGUUAUAGUGUUGGGUGGUUCGAUAUUCAUCGUAUCAUUACUUGCCUGCUGCGGUGCGAUUAAGGAGAUAAAUUGGUGUAUGAUAAUAUACGCCAUUUUAAUGUUCGUACUGAUGGGAUUGCAGAUCGCGCUUGUCGUUUGGGUUUUCUUGGAAAAAAAUGAGUUCCUCAACACGAUGGACUCAAUUGUUCUUAACGCAUACGAUAACAGAAACAAUGAGACCGAUAACUCAAUGAACACAAUCCAGAUUACAUUCAACUGUUGCGGCUACAAUAACUACUCGGAUUAUAGUAGCUCAGGCAUUCCCGCUUCUUGUUGUGGUUUUUCUGAAACGGAUGCCCCAUGCCCAUCUUCCAUUUACACCACCAGACAAGGCUGUAAGACGGUAUUUUACAAUUUCUGGAUUGAUAAUUUGGGAUUUGUACGAUAUGGUGGCAUUGUAGUGAUUGUCAUCGAAUUUUUGGCAUUAGUAUCAGCAUGCGGAGUGGCAGCGUGCAGACGAAAAUCAUUUAACACAAAUACGGCUUAAGGACCGAAUUUGUGUUAAAUA